GCCAGUUAUCAUUGCAGGAAAUGAACAGCAGCAGAAAAAAUACUUGGGAAAUGACAGAGGAACCAAUGAUGUGUGCUUACUGUGUAACAGAGCCUGGAGCAGGCUCUGAUGUGGCUGGUAUAAAAACAAAGGCUGAAAAGAAAGGAGAUGAAUAUGUUAUUAAUGGUCAGAAGAUGUGGAUCACAAAUGGUGGGAAAGCAAACUGGUAUUUUUUGCUAGCUCGUACCGAUCCAGAUCCAAAAGCUCCUGCAAGCAAAGCCUUUACUGGAUUCAUUGUGGAAGCAAAUAGCCCUGGAAUCCAAAUUGGAAGAAAGGAAAUGAAUAUGGGUCAGCGCUGCUCUGAUACAAGAGGUAUUGUCUUUGAAGAUGUGAGAGUUCCAAAAGAAAAUGUACUAAUAGCUGAGGGAGCUGGCUUUAAAAUAGCAAUGGGAGCUUUUGAUAAGACCAGACCACCUGUAGCAGCUGGUGCUGUUGGGUUAGCAAAAAGAGCACUCGAUGAAGCUACUAAAUAUGCUUUGGAGAGAAAAACCUUUGGGAAACCAAUCGUUGAACACCAAGCGGUGUCUUUCAUGCUUGCUGAAAUGGCAAUGAAAGUGGAACUUGCUAGGAUGGCUUACCAGAGAGCUGCGUGGGAAGUCGAUGCUGGUCGCAGGAAUACCUACUAUGCUUCCAUUGCGAAGGCAUUCGCUGGUGAUGUUGCAAACCAAGUAGCUACGGAUGCAGUGCAGAUUUUUGGUGGAAAUGGAUUUAAUACUGAAUAUCCUGUAGAAAAAUUAAUGAGAGAUGCUAAAAUCUACCAGAUUUAUGAGGGAACUGCUCAGAUUCAAAGGAUGAUCAUAGCUCGUGAACAUGUUGGCAAAUAUAAGGCUUAAGGAUAUGUAUCAAGCAUAUCUGGCUGCUGCUGUAGUGUUCUGUGCUCUCAUAGAAGAGGAUUUUCAGUGUGUUUCUCAAUUAGAAAGACGUGGAAAAAACUCUUUUCCUUCAAAUCUUUUUACUGUGUACAUGAUUAAGCACUAUUCUGUACUCCCCAUCCAUUCUCUCACUUCAUUCUUUCUGACUAACAAACUUGGUGUUUUCUAAACAUUUCUGAAUUCCAAAGUGAUAGUUUGGCAUCUUUCCCCACUCAAUCUCUUUCACUGAAACCUUUGACUUUUGGUGGGAGAAAAAUUUAAAAUUUAUAUGAUCAAAAAAGUGAAUAAAACUCAGAUAUUUGUGUGUGUGUCUGUGAAGGCAUUCAGCAUGUAACAACAAAUUGGAUUUUAGGUGUUUCUGUAUUGGUUAUAGUGACACAUUUGCACCCACUGUUUUAGCACUGGAGUUGGGUGGAUAUCAAAUUAAUAAAUCUCAGGGAAAUUUAAAUAAGCUGUUCCGCUUCCUCAGCAAUACCAUUUUGCAGCACAUGGUUUUUAGGUCACCACUUGCUAAAAUAAAUAUGAUAACACUGGCCUUUAGAAAACUUGCAACUUUUAAAAAAAUGGAAAGUGAAUACGUGCUGACUUCUGGACCUGUCAAAAACAUACAUUCUCUUAAAUUACUACACAGGUGUUAUUUUUCAAACGGUGGCUGCAUUACUGAUUGCACAUUAUCUCUAUUUUAUAUGCAUCCAUGAGUCAGUAUGAACAAAAACUAGUUUUUGUUUUCAUUGGCCUUCUUUUCAGUGACUUCACCAUCUUAUUCACCUGAAUUCAACAAAGACAGAAAUUGUCAUUCAAUGUAUUCAUCUCUGUGCCUCAAAGAAACCUGUAAUGUUUAUGAAGAAAAUACUUGUUUUCUUGUACCUUAAGUAAGACUUCUUCUUUAUGGGUGAAUGUUAAGUACAGCACUUGAGUAAUACAGCUGAAAUAUGUGUUUCCAUCACAGUGGGGAAAAAAUAAAUACGAUAAUUCAAUUUUAAACAUUUCCAUUUUAACUGAUCCCAUGUGAAAGAACCUGUAGGAAACUGCCUUAUUUUGAAUUAUAACAAAUACAAUAAGGGGCAACAAAUGAGAACCUCGCAACACUAUGUUUUUUCACUGUAAAAUUAGAGGAUCAAAAUACUAUUUCUGACAGGCAUUGCUGCAUUCUAAUAAAAAAAUACAAGUUUAUAAGCA